UAUAUAAACCCACCAUUUCCCUUUGGUUUCUUGAGCUUUUUGUGUUGAAAUCUAUGGAUUCAGAUUCUUCUUCCUUGAGAUUUUGCUCCAUUUCCAGUGUUUUCUUCUUCAUGUUCUUCUCUUUCACUCUCUUGUUUUCUUUGUUUUCUUUGUUGAUAUUCGUUCUAAGGUUGAAGCUAUGGUGUAAAUGCGAAAUCUGCCAAGCUUUUCUCAAUUCCAGUUGGACCAAAGAUUUCGAUAAUCUCUGUGAUUGGUACACUCACCUUCUUAAGAAAUCUCCUACCGGAUCGAUCCGUAUCCAUGUCCUAGGCAACAUCAUCACAGCCGACCCCGAAAACGUGGAACACAUCCUCAAAACCCGAUUCGAAAACUACCCGAAAGGGAAACCUUUCUCGGCUCUUCUCGGUGAUCUACUCGGUCAAGGUAUUUUCAACGUCGAUGGCGAUUCAUGGAAGUUCCAAAGGAAAAUGGCUAGCCUCGAGCUCGGGAGUGUGUCUAUAAGAAUGCACGCUUUCAACAUAGUCGAAUCGGAGAUUCGAUCCAGGCUUAUCCCGCUUUUAUCGUCGGUCUCUGGUAAACAACGAGUGUUAGAUUUACAAGACAUGUUUAGAAGGUUUUCGUUCGAUAGUAUCUGCAAGUUUUCCUUCGGGUUCGAUCCUGGUUGCCUCGAGUUGUCGUUGCCGGUCUCGAAAUUCGCCGACGCUUUCGAUUUAGCAUCGAAACUGUCGGCUCAAAGAGGGGUAGUGCCUUCGUCUUUGAUAUGGAAAGCCAAGAGGGUGUUGAAUUUGGGGUCUGAAAAGAAGCUUAAACAAGCUAUAAAAAUGGUGGAUGAAUUCGCUCAACGUAUGAUCAACCAACGCCGCGAAAUGGGAUUUUCGGACAAGCACGAUCUUCUGUCGAGAUUCAUGGGAACAAUCGAUGACGAAAAGUAUCUUAGAGACAUUGUCGUGAGCUUCCUCUUAGCUGGUCGUGACACGGUUGCCUCGGGGUUGACCAGUUUCUUCUGGUUGUUAUCUCAGCAUCCCAAAGUCGAGUCAUCCAUUCGAGAAGAGCUCGAAAGUGUCAUGUCAGGGUCAUCGUCGUCGAGCGACGACCGACAAUUCGUAACGUUCGAUCAAAUGCGGGAAAUGCAUUAUUUGCACGCAGCGGUAUGUGAAAGCUUGCGGCUGUUUCCACCGGUCCAAUUAGAUUCGAAGUUCUCUCAGGACGACGACGUUUUGCCGGAUUAUACCUUUGUGACGAAAGGCACUAGAGUGACCUACCAUCCAUAUGCAAUGGGUCGGUUGGAACGGAUUUGGGGCUCCGAUUGCCUUGAAUUCAACCCGGAGAGAUGGUUGAAAAAUGGUAGAUAUGUCCCUGAAAAUCCGUACAAAUACCCGGUUUUCCAAGCUGGGUUAAGGGUUUGUUUAGGUAAGGAAAUGGCACUAGUGGAGAUGAAAUGUGUAGUUCUAGCCAUAAUCAGCCGGUUCAACAUUCGGGUUGCCGAUCCGAAUCAAAAGCCGGUGUUUACCCCGGCUCUCACCGCCACCGUAAGAGGCGGCUUACCCAUUUUAGUCCAUGAAAGGAGAGCAUAAUUUUAUACAUGUACACAAUUGUUGGAAUAGUUUAUUCCAAAGGUGUAGAUGUUUGAUUCUA